AUGACAAUGCCCGCCCGCGGCGGCGUCAGGGGUGCCAUGAUGUUCGGCCAGGGAGCUGCCCUGAUUGUUUCGUCUGUUUGGCUUUUUGGAGCCCUGGAGCUAGCAGGGGACGGAGGGGUUCCGAUGGCAGGCUUCGGAGUCAUGCGAGAGAUGACAAUUUCUGGAGGGGGAGUUUUUGUUUUGAGAGGUUCUUUUGUGAGAAAUCAAUGCGUGUGUGUUCGAAUGGGACUGUUUCUGAUAAUCCAUUACCCGCCCAGGUACGCCGUUGAUGACGGGAUGAUCUCGAAACGGGAGGACACUGUGACACAUGGCAGGUUUACAGCGAAAAAGCUAAGAUUUGGAUGA